AUGAAGGCCUCUUAUUGUGUCGACUAUCUAUCACAUCAAUGGACAGCGGAUGAUUUAAUUCAGACCUACAAAGAAACUCGUAAACAGCGUCAAAAGUACAUUGUAGAUAACAUCACAUCUACAACUUCGCUGCUCACAAGAAACGAAAGAAAACUAAAAAAGUCAGAGCAAUACAAACACCAACGAUAUCAGAAUGCAUUAUGGAGGUCCAUGGCCAGAAACUGCACACAUCAAUUGAGUCAACCCAACAAAUUGAUUGAUCCAUCUACCGUCAGUUGGCAAAAGGAAUCUGACAUCACAUGGCUGUACGGACCAAUGUAUGAAGCGACCAGCCAAGAUCAAGAAAUCAAAGUGGAGAAAUUACCAAAUACUAUUUGUUCAUUAGAUACACCACAAUUGAGUGUACAAGCUGCUGACACCACAUCUGCUGUUGAUAUUGCAUGCCCUCUCCAAGGCUUAAAGCCUGUUUUGAAGAAGCAGAGUAACGUAACUCAACCGACUUGUUCCGAUCCAAUGCCCUAUUUCGAUCCAUGGUCAGGUUCUACAACACCUUUUACAAACACAAGUAGAAGUGGUCGCAGUAGCUUUAGCAGCAUAUCAAGCAGUAAAAGCAACAACAUCGGAGUGCAUUUCAAUCCUGAAAUUAUCGAGAUUGAAUACCAACCUGAAUACCCUGUGUCUCUCGAAACUUCCUCACAUUCUUCUCCACGUUUCAACCAUGAUUACUACUCAGUGGCGGAGGAAGAUGAAGAUUUGAAUGAUGACGAUGAUGGUGACAUUGAAGCGCUAUGGUCUCUACUCGUGCAAGCAAGUUUAUCACUGAAAUCAUCAACAUAUACCCGACUUUCGUUCAUUGCAAAAUGUAUUUCUUAUCACAAUUACCAAAAACAACACAAUCAGCAUUCAAAUCAUCAAUCAUUAUACCAAACAACAUCAUCAUCAUCCAACAAAAAUAUGCAAAUCAUUAUUUUAAUAGUUUCUAUGAUGAAGUCGAUGGUAUCCAUGACAACCACUUGGUUGCUAUGGCAAAGUCUAUCACCAUUAACAUGGAUUGCUAAAAGAGCAUCGUCCAAAUCUUCCUCGUCUUCUCAUGUUGCUGCUGGCCAGAGUAAACAACAACAUCCCAAAAAGCUCAUCUUAUCAUAA